AAUAAAUCCCCCUAUCUCCUAGAAACUGCUCGCUCUGCUGAUCAAGCACUCAGGGGAAAAAAUAAAACUCUCUUCUUUCUUAAAAAAAUAAAAUUAAAAAGCAAAUUAUUAAUUUAGUAGUAAGCCAGAAAAGAAGUGGAAAACGAAAAUUUAUUACUUCAGCUGAUAAAGUAGAAAGCAAAAACAAGUCCGCGAGAAAGGAAAGGAAAGGAAAAGAAAAUCAAGUUUCUCUUCUAUUUUGCUCUCAGAUCUGAAUUUCCACUUCUUUUGAUCUAAUAAAAACAAAUUAAUGUUUAGAUUUGAACAGGAAAAGAUGAGGAAACGGAUUUCUAUUUCUUUUUCUUUUUGAUUUUGAUUUCCUUUUUCAGGGAAUUGAAAUCUCCCACUUCUCCUUUUUAGUUUUUGGUUUCUGGUGUUUCGUGAGGAGAUGGCCGACGCCGUGAUUCCUGCCGCCGUAUUGCGUAAUCUCUCUGACAAGCUCUAUGAGAAGCGAAAAAACGCGGCUCUCGAGAUUGAGGGGAUAGUGAAGUCGCUGGCAGCCGCCGGGGAUCACGAGAAGAUAUCGGCGGUCAUCAAUUUGUUGACCACGGAAUUCAUCUGCUCUCCCCAAGCGCACCACCGCAAGGGAGGAUUGAUAGGACUAGCAGCUGCAACAGUAGGGUUGACUACAGAAGCAGCUCAACAUCUCGAGCAAAUUGUGAAACCCGUACUUGGUGCUUUUGGUGACCAAGAUAGCAGAGUUCGUUAUUAUGCUUGUGAAGCUCUAUAUAACAUUGCCAAGGUGGUUAGGGGAGAUUUUAUUAUUUUCUUUAAUAAAAUUUUUGAUGCCUUGUGUAAACUUUCGGCAGACUCGGAUGCCAAUGUACAGAGUGCUGCUCAUCUUUUGGAUCGGCUUGUAAAGGACAUUGUUACUGCAAGUGAUCAAUUCAGCAUUGAAGAAUUUAUACCGUUGCUGAGAGAACGUAUGAAUGUCCUAAAUCCCUACGUCCGACAGUUUUUGGUGGGAUGGAUCACUGUUUUGGACAGUGUUCCAGAAAUAGAUAUGCUGGGUUUUCUUCCUGAUUUUCUUGAUGGUUUGUUCAAUAUGUUGAGCGAUUCUAGCCAUGAAAUACGACAGCAAGCUGAUUCUGCCCUUUCAGAGUUUCUUCAAGAGAUUAAGAACUCCCCAUCUGUAGAUUAUGGUCGCAUGGCUGAAAUACUGGUUCAGAGGGCAGCUUCUCCAGAUGAAUUUACUCGCUUAACAGCUAUCACAUGGAUAAAUGAGUUUGUGAAACUUGGUGGUGACCAACUUGUUCCCUAUUAUGCUGAUAUUUUGGGAGCCAUUUUGCCUUGCAUAUCUGACAAAGAAGAGAAAAUUAGAGUGGUUGCUCGUGAAACCAAUGAAGAGCUUCGUGCAAUCAGGGCUGAUCCUACUGCAGGAUUUGAUGUUAGAGCAAUUCUCUUCAUUGCAAAGAGGCAAUUAUCGACUGAGUGGGAGGCUACUCGAAUUGAAGCAUUGCACUGGAUAUCAACACUUUUGAACAGACAUCGCUCUGAGGUCUUGUCUUUUUUAAAUAAAAUAUUUGAUACCCUUCUCGAAGCACUGUCAGAUCCAUCUGAUGAGGUGGUACUCCUUGUUCUUGAGGUUCAUGCAUGCAUAGCGAAAGAUCUGCAACACUUUCACCAACUUCUUGUUUUCUUGGUGCAUAAUUUCCGCAUCAAUCACUCUCUUCUGGAGAAGCGCGGUACUUUGAUAAUCCGGCGACUCUGUGUUCUUUUAGAUGCUGAAAGGGUCUAUCGUGAACUUUCUACAAUAUUAGAGGGAGAAGCUGACCUGGAUUUUGCAUCUAUCAUGGUUCAGGCUUUGAAUUUGAUUUUACUCACAUCCUCUGAAUUAGCUGAGCUUCGAUAUCUUUUAAAACAAUCUCUGGUGAAUUCUGCUGGGAAAGAUUUAUUUGUUUCUUUGUAUGCUUCGUGGUGCCAUUCACCCGAGGCAAUUAUAAGCCUUUGUUUAUUAGCACAGACUUACCAGCAUGCCAGUACUGUGAUUCAGUCGCUGGUAGAGGAAGAUAUUAAUGUCAGGUUCUUGUUACAGCUGGAUAAAUUGAUUCGUUUGCUGGAAACUCCCAUCUUUGCUUACCUUAGAUUGCAGCUUCUUGAACCUGGAAGAUAUACAUGGUUGUUAAAAGCUUUAAAUGGUCUUCUGAUGCUGCUCCCCCAGCAAAGCGCAGCUUUUAAGAUACUGCGAACUCGUUUAAAAACUGUACCUUCAUAUUCCUUCAGUGACGAUCAAGUUGAGCGAACAUUUUCAGGGAACACAUACUCUCAGAUCCUACAUCACAUUCCAAGUGGAUCACAAAUUUCCGAGGAUGGUGAUGUAAACCAGGAUGUAGGGACUUCUGAUUCGCAUAAUGGAAUUAAUUUCACUACAAGGCUGCAUCAGUUUGAGCAAAAGCAAAAACAACAUCGGGUGCUUGCAAAAGCGCAGGCCAAGUCUCGCAAAAUCUCCACAUCAUCAUCAAAGGAUGUACAAAGAUUAGAGGAAUCCCAGCACCAACCUCCUUUGGAUAAUAGUGGGGCUCUUUCAAGAUCAUCUAGGAAAGGCCCGGGGCAAUUACAACUCUGAUCAUAUUAUGCACUGGAGAGGAGGUUCGGGUAUAAAUUGUAAAAUUGUAUAGCGUAGUUUGUCUGUAUUUUAUGGAUGCUGGGAUGGUAAAAGAAAAAAGAAAAAAAAAAGAUGGUUUUGAUUUGAGAUAAGCUUGGGUUAUCCUGAGCCAUUCUUUUUUCUUUGGAAACGGUGUAUAUCCAUGUGGUUCUGUUAUUUUUUUAUAUUGAAAACCACGGCCCAAUGCAAAAUAUUUUAGAGAA